AUGGCAUCGGCAUCGACGGGUGCCAAUGAUGACGAGUAUGAUCCUUGGUUCGAUGAGGUGACGCUGGGGAUCAAUAAGGAGCCUGUCGCGCCGACGCCCGCACCUGCAGCAGGUCAAGCAGGGCCGCCGGCAAAGGUCCUCAUCAAGAAUGCGGAUGGGAGCGUGGUGGACGUUGACACAUUGAAUGUGCCCGAGAGCUUGCGGAAUUUGCUGAAAGUCAUCGAUGCGGAUGACGACGGAUGUUUGUCUGAUGUCAACAUUCGUGAUGCCUUGAAGAUGUUCGGCACCAUGAAAGCGGUCUUUGGUUCUAAGGGCCACAUGUCACAUACGGAGGCUGAGAAAGGCCUCAUGUUGCUGCAGCGCUUGGUCAAGGAGAAAUCAGACAAUGCCGGAGAGGUCAGCUACGGGCACAUGCCGGACUGCGUCCAGGACGUGAUGAAGGAGUGGGAUCUUGACCGCAGCGGCAGCGUGAGUGUGAUCGAGUUGUCCGCUGCCGCCAAUGCCCAUAAGAAGGUGAAGAAAGAGGGGCGCCUCAUGCGAAAGAUCAUCCUGGGCCUGUCGGCUGUGAUCCUCUUGCUUCUGACGGGCACGUUCAUUCUCUCCUACAUGGCGGUGGAUAUGGCCAAGGAGAUGCGAGGUGAGGCAGACGGGGUCAUGCAAACCCCCAACGGCGAGGUCGUGAAGGUGGCCAGCUCAGCCUUCGACGUCCAGGCCGACGGUACAGUGGUGACGCGCGGCGAGGUGACUCCGACGUGCCCGGCAAACACGACUUGCCGACGCCUGGCAAGUUCACCCGGCGUCUUGCAGGUGGCGCAGUCUAAGCCCGGGAAGGGGCUCGUGUCCACGCUGCCGGACGACGUCUUCAAGAACCUCGACAUGGUGACGCUGAAGAGCGAGAGCGGCGGUUUCUUGCAGCUGAAGGUCCUUAGCAUGACGCGAGUUACAAUGAAGUCGAGCAAGUGCGGCUCUGUGGUGAAGCUCCACACCCAGGACGGUACUUUGACGAUCGACGACACAGAGCUUUCCGCUGACGAGCAGCUCGCGGCCAAGGCUUCCCCGGAUUUGCUGGCGUCGGGUACAAGUCUUCAUGGCGGCCGCCGGCUUUCUGCGGGCUUCUUGGAGGGCUUCUUCACACUUCUGGAAGAUAUGGAGUGGGAAUGCACGAGCGUCGCCCUACCGAACCCGGAGGACAUCCCGCGAAACUACAACGCCAAGAUGCAGGUGCGCGAGCGAGUGAGUGGCUCGGACGUGGAGUCCAUCUUCCCAGAGGUCGGCACCAAGCCUGGCAUUGUCGCAGAAGACGGGGUCUACUACAAAACCUGGACAGAGGAUGUCUUGGUCUUGGAGGGCCUCCGAGUGGCUGCGAAGAAGUUCGAGAUGCAUCCUCUCCAGACGCAGAUUGAGGUUACAGCCAAUGCCAUGAAUGGAGCAAAGGCAGUUCUCGAUGCUAUGGGAGACACCGCAAGUCACUGCCGUCUUGGGCCGUCCCCGGUCUCUCUGGCCCUGGGCACGCUGGUGUCGAGUGCCUCUGGCCUGCGCUUGGUGGGUCUUACGCAGGAGAGCGGCCGGGUGCUGCGCCAGUGGCGAAUGGAGGUGGGAGACACCAUGACCGACAAGGCCAGCGAGAUCUUCAAGUUCCACGGGCUUGUGGACGUCAUCACCUUGGACUACUUCGAUGUGGACACGGACCCCACAGGCGUCUUCCAAUCAGGCCAUCCUUACCGCAUUCAUGCCUUCUCGCCGACGGGCGUGUACAACGUUACCAUGCAGUACAUGGAGCUUGUUACGGUGGAUCAAAUGGACUUGUUGGGGGCAUUGGACUUCUUUGGUGUCAAGAAGCUCUCCUCUGACUGCCAGGCGGACUACACGCAGCCCGUGGCCAACACUGGCGACGCCCAGUUGGUCACGGAGAUCCACAAGUUGACACGUCCGGCUGGGACUCCGGAGAAGGUGCCGAAGAUCGACCCUUGGACGGAAUGGCCGGGAGUGGUGAAGUACAACGCGGACAAGCUCCUCGAUCUCGAGAGUGAUUUUGGGCCCUAUUGGAGUGAGAUGCUGUUCGACAGCAGCAUGGCCAACAUGCUCGCCUCACUCCCCACGACGGGCACUCAAUCGGCGACGAACUGGACCAUCCCCGGAGGAGUGGACAUCAUGGUUGAGGUGGAGUACUCCAGCAGCGCCAACAGCCUCCCUGGUCAGUUGAAAACGAUCAAGGCAUCCUACGAUGGCCCAGUCUCAUUUCCCAAUCCAUCGUUCAGUGGUGACCGCGUCACCUUUGAGGUGAGCAUAAGCGAGGGCUCGCCCUAUGCAUCCAGCUGUGCGAAGGCGGAAUUCCUCGGGUCACGUGCAGGAAGAAUGGCAGAACCGAUGCUAUGGGUUACGUGCCUUGUCGAGGAGUUUGACCAUAUCGAGAUGAAGCAGGCGGUCUUCGCACAGGGCCUUCAAGCAAAUAGCACCUUCGGGGCCUUCACACGGUCCGUGAGAUUCGGUGUUGUGGACAUCCCCACCAACACGCGUGAGCCGUGGUUAAAGGCAACAUGCUGCCCGAAGGCGAGCUUUGGUGUUCACUCAGGCUAA